AAACUAUUGUUUUUUCUUGAAGAUAGGCUUCAUGUGUGGGUUUUGAGACAAUGCAGAGGGAGAGAAUGAGCAAGAAGAAGAGUAGUCAGGUUCAUUGUAUUUCCUCUCAUGAUCAUAUUCUCAUGAUGGCUUCAACUUCAAAACACAUUCCUGAGAUCAGAUUGUACAAAGCCUGGAAGGGUAACAACAGAUUUUUCUGUGGUGGGAGACUAAUCUUUGGUCCUGAUGUUAACUCUCUCUUCCUAACCUCUUUCUUGAUUGGAGCCCCUGCCCUUACAUUCUGCAUAAGGAUGCUCGUGUGGAUUCAAAAAGACGAUCCUAUCUUCAACUACACCGUUCUGACUUCAGCAUUUAUCCUCACCCUCUUGGUGUUUAUGUUUCUAUUCUUGACAUCAGCUAGAGAUCCAGGAAUCAUCCCAAGAAAUAAAACAUCAUUAAAUCUUGAAGAUGGCUCAAAUAGUUCCUUGACACAGUCUAUGGAAUGGGUCAACAACAAAACUCCUCAUCUCAAGAUUCCUAGAACAAAAGACGUUUUCGUUAACGGCUACACUAUCAAAGUCAAGUUCUGUGAGACUUGUUUGCUCUACCGUCCACCACGUGCAUCACACUGCUCCAUAUGUAACAACUGUGUCCAACGCUUUGAUCACCAUUGUCCAUGGGUUGGACAAUGCAUUGCCCAUAGAAACUACCCGUUCUUCAUCUGCUUCAUCUCAACGUCAACGUUGUUAUGCAUAUACAUCUUUGCGUUCUCAUGGAUCAAUCUAAUCCGACAGCCUGGGAGAUUGUGGAGUACAAUGUCUCAUGACAUAAUCUCUGUCAUUCUCAUCAUCUAUUCAUUCGUUUCUAUCUGGUUCGUUGGUGGCCUUACCAUUUUCCACGUCUAUCUUAUGUCUACAAAUCAGACAACUUAUGAGAAUUUUCGGUCCCGUUAUGAUAAGAAAGAAAACCCUUACAAGAGAGGGUUGCUGAAGAACGUUAAAGAAGUGUUGUUCGCCAAGAUCCCACCUUCUCAACUAGAUCUCAGAGCAAUGGUCCCAGAAGAAGAUGACGGAUCUGUGUAUGAGUCAGAGUAUAGCUCUUCCAUCAGAUAUGAUAAUGAAAAGGGAGGCAAACUCCCUAAAAGGGUGAGCCCGGAGAAGCUUAACUUAGAUAAUAUUGACAUUAGCAAUGAAUACGAGACAGCUAAAGAUGAUGCUUCUUCUGACUUGAUCCUUCUUUCUUCUCAUCUCAACUAGACUUGCCUAAGUAACAGCAAUGAAAUGACCCUCUUUAAUGUUGUAUCAUAUUUUAUCUAUAUUGUCAGGAAUAUUCUGAUGGAAUAGCAAGUACUAAGGAUUAGCUAGGUUUGAUUAGAGACCUAAAGUAAAAUUGUACAAAU